AUGAGUUCCAAACAACCUACUGAAUCCGCCCCAGGCCCAAUCACCGCCAAGGCCGUACUAUGGUACAUCCCAAAUCAAAUUGGGUACAUGCGUGUCUUAACAGCUAUUAUUUCAUUUUUCACUAUGGCAAAUCAUCCCGUCAUGACUGGUCUUGUCUAUACUGUUUCUUGUUUAUUGGAUGCCCUUGAUGGUACCAUGGCAAGAAAAUACAAUCAAGUUAGUAGUUUAGGUGCUGUUUUGGAUAUGGUCACUGAUAGAUCUACUACUUCUGGUUUAAUUUGUUUCUUAUGUUACAAGUUCCCAAACUUAUGCGUUAUUCUUCAAAUCUUGAUCUCAUUAGAUAUUUCAAGUCAUUAUAUGCAUAUGUAUGCUACUUUAAGCAGUGGUGGUAGUUCACAUAAACAGGUUGGUAAGGAAUCCUCUAGAUUAUUACAUUUGUACUAUACUAGAAGAGAUGUUUUGUUUACAAUUUGCUUUUUCAAUGAAAGCUUCUAUGGUGGUCUUUACUUGUACGGCUUUGAAAGUUACAAGACGUUUGGUAAGUGGGUUCUUUUGAUUAGUUUACCAGGUUACAUUUUCAAACAAGUGGCCAAUGUUAUCCAAUUGCAAAGAGCUGCAUUGAUCCUGGCCUCAAGUGAUGCUGCUAAUGCUAACGAAAAGGCUAAAUCCAAUUAA